AUGUCUGUCAAUGAUAACUCUUCACUUGAUUCAAACUCAAGUUCUGAUGAUUCCCAUUCCAAUGAAUUAGAUGAAUGGGAAGAACGAGUUUAUCAACAAAAUCGUCAAUUUGAUAACAUCAUCGAGAAUAUGAUCCUAAGCAAUACUAAUUUGUUUGUAGGACAUCAAAUUCCAACAAGCAGGAGGAGAUAUUGUGAUAGGGAACGUGAGCUUGGUGCAGAGCGUUUAAUCAACGACUAUUUUGGUACCAGCCCGACGUAUCCUCCAGAGGUUUUCCGACGUCGAUUUCGCAUGCAGCAAACACUAUUCCUUCGAAUAGUGGAGGCUGCAUAUGCUAAUGACGAGUUUUUUCAACAGAGACGUGAUGCUACUGGCAGACUAGGUCUUUCGGCCUUGCAAAAGUGUACUGCAGCAAUGAGGGUAUUGGCGUAUGGGACAUCAUCUGAUGUUGUCGAUGAAUAUCUACGAAUGAGCUCAUCUGCAACAAGAGAAGCUUUAGUACAUUUUGUAGAAGGUGUUAUUUCCUGCUUCGGUGAUACGUACCUCAGAAGGCCUAAUGAACAAGAUUUGACAAGAUUACUCUAUGUCGGAGAACAACGUGGUUUUCCGGGCAUGAUUGGCAGUAUUGACUGCAUGCAUUGGGAGUGGAAAAAUUAUCCUAAUGCAUGGGCCGGACAAUAUACAGGGAGAAGUUCGUGCAAUGAUAUUAAUGUACUUCAUCGAUCUCCUAUUUUUAAUGAUGUCUUAGAAGGUCGAGCACCAAAGGUUAAUUACGUAGUGAAUGGUCAUCAUUAUGAUAUGGCAUAUUAUUUGACUGAUGGUAUAUACCCUUCAUGGGCUGUAUUUGUCAAGUCAAUUACUUCCCCACAGAUCCGCAAACACAAGUUGUUCGCUCAACACCAAGAGUCUAUCCGAAAAGAUGUUGAGCGAGCAUUUGGAGUUCUACAAGCUCGAUUUGCAUUUAUACGACGCCCAUGUCUUGUUUGGGACAAAGUUUUGAUGGGGAAAAUUAUGAUGGCAUGUAUCAUCAUGCAUAAUAUGAUAGUAGAGGAUGAACGAGAUACCUAUCAAAAUUAUUAUGAUCCAACAGAAUUUUUUAUGGAUACACCUGCAAGAGUACAAACAGAAGAUGGCGAACAUUUUCGCUAUUCUACUGAACGUAUUGCGAGCUUAUCUGCUUAUAUGACUAAUAGAGAUCAACUUCGCAAUAGAGAAGCUCAUAGGACUCUUCAAGAUGAUUUGAUUGAGCACAUAUGGGAAAAGUUUGGCACUGGCAAUUAA